AUGAGUUCAGUAGGAAAUAUAGUUUCAAAUAUUGCAGCCGUAAAUAACUUAAAUUAUUGUCGGACACCGUUGGGUAUACCGGGACAAUGCUCUGACAUUAGAAGAUGUAUUUAUCUUAUAUUUGAUUUAUCAUUACUACGACAAUCGGUUUGCUUUCGAAAUCUGGUAUUACCGGGAGUUUGUUGUCCGAUAACACAAAAUCACAACUCUAUUCCCACCUCAGCUGUAUCAAAUACAAUAUCAUCGACAAUAUCUUCCACUACUUUAUCGAGUAUAUCAUCGACAACACCAACUUUUUCACCCUCUUUAAGCUCUUCAUUAUCAACACUUAAUACUUCGUCUUUAUUUCAAUCAACGAAGAAACCAAUUAUUAUCUCAUCAACGACAACAACAACUACAACAACAAUACGGCCAACUUAUUCAAGACCUCAUUGGGGAUCCCAUUCCUCUCAAAAAUAUCCGUUAACUACUAUUCGUCCUUUAAAACCAUCGCUCAUUGAAUAUAACAAUUUAUCUUCAAUUGAAAGCUCAACUAAUUUGAUCUCAAAACUCAAUUGCGGUGAAUCAGGACGUGAUGGGCGUAUAGUUGGCGGACAGGAUGCCAGACCCGGUCAAUGGCCAUGGAUUGCAGCCAUUUUUCUUGACAGUCCUAAAGGAAGGGAGUUUUGGUGUGGCGGUGCUCUCAUUGAUCAUAAUUAUAUCUUGACGGCAGCACAUUGUUUGUCAGAUCAUAAGGGAAAUAAGUAUCAAAGUAGCCAAAUAACUGUAAGGCUUGGGGAACAUCAUCUUUACAGAGACGACGACUUCUCAAAACCAAUUGAAUAUAAAGCACUCGAAGUUAAACAACACUCAAAGUUUCAAAGACAUGGAUUUUUUAAUGAUAUCGGUUUGAUUAAACUCAAAGAUAAAGUCAUAUAUUCAACUGAUAUUCAUCCCAUUUGUUUGCCAAACAUCAAAGAAAAAAUCAAAGAUUUGGUUGGAUAUAUGGCAACGGUAAUUGGUUGGGGAACUAUACAAUAUGGAGGUCCGGGUAGUGGUAUACUGCAACAAGUGUCUAUUCCUAUUUGGCAAAACACUGAUUGUGAUAACAGAUAUUUUCAGCCAAUUAAUCAAAAUUUUUUGUGUGCCGGUUAUGUUGAGGGUGGCAAAGAUGCCUGUCAGGGUGACAGUGGAAGUCCUUUAAUGAUUGCCGACCAAAAUAGAAAAUGGACAAUAUAUGGCAUUGGUAUAUAA